AUCCAAAUCGGCUAAAGUGCCCUAAGUGUUUUUAGUUUAAAAAAAAAAAAAGCAAACGUCGCGACGGAGAGAGAUUGAGAGACGAUGGAGGAAGAGGAGCACGAGGUUUACGGGGGAGAAAUUCCCGACGUCGGAGAGAUGGAUGGUGAUAUGGAGGCUCCUAAUCCGGACAUGGACAUGGCUUCCGCCGAUGAUGAUGCCGUUAAGGAGUUGGAUGAGAUGAAGAAACGGCUGAAGGAGAUGGAGGACGAGGCUGCUGCUCUGCGUGAGAUGCAGGCUAAGGUCGAGAAGGAAAUGGGAGCCCAAGAUCCUGCUACUAUAGCAGCAAAUCAGGCAGGCAAGGAAGAGGUGGAUGCUCGAUCGGUUUUUGUUGGCAAUGUUGAUUACGCUUGUACACCAGAAGAAGUGCAGCAACAUUUCCAAUCAUGUGGCACUGUCCAUCGGGUGACAAUUCUGACAGACAAGUUUGGGCAGCCAAAGGGAUUUGCUUAUGUCGAGUUUGUUGAAGUCGAAGCUAUACAAGAGGCUCUACAACUGAAUGAAUCAGAGUUACAUGGUCGUCAAUUAAAGGUCUUGCCUAAGAGAACAAAUGUUCCUGGAUUGAAACAGUACCGUGGUAGAAGAUUCAACCCAUACAUGGGCUACCGAUUCCGCAGACCGUUCAUGCCUCCGUAUAUGUAUUCUCCGUAUGGAUAUGGGAAAGCUCCGAGGUUCAGAAGGCCAAUGCGUUACAUGCCUUACCAAUAAAAAUCGUCAUGGUUUAAACAUAGAGCGGAUUCGUAUUAUGGGCUAUAUCCAUCCUUUGUUGAACUUUAUUUAUGACUUUUGCUCUCUUGUUUUUACAACUUAUCGUGUAAACAUUUCGAAUCUUGACUGGUAUAUCGUUUGAGAUGAAUCAUAUGAAGACAUUUGGUUCAUGUGUUA